UGGACGCGUAAAUGGUGGUCUUUCUUCAACAGUUACUGCCACAUUUAGCCAUAUUGUUUCCGUUUCUGAAGCGCUGUUCUCGUGUUUGGAAUAAAAUAGCGCACAAACCGAAACUGAGGAAAUAAAGGUUGACAAUGAAGCAGCAAUACAUUUGAAUCUGGAGAUAUCGACGGAUAUCUACAAAAAGGAUUAUUACGGCAAUGGACUGGCUCUCAGUGUGUGUGCUCCUCUUCUGCCCGAGUCCACUGCCCCCUCACGCUGCUGUGCCCCUCGCCCCGUCCUCUCAGCACAUCCGGAGGAAGGACUGCCCGUCCCUGUAGGAAUGCCUGUUCGGGCCUGGCACCUGCCUCUGCCCGCGGCUGCUCCCACACCUUUUGCCAUUCCACCCCACUCCAGCUCUCACAGGCUGCUCCAUCAUGAACGAUGAGGUCAUCAGCACUAACGCACUGGCCUGGCUGGUCUGCUCGGGAGUGUCCAUCCUGGCCAACACCUGGGGAAUCCUGAGUGUGAGCGCCAAGCAGAAGAAGUGGAAGCCUCUGGAAUUCCUCAUCUGUACCCUGGCUGGCACGCACAUCCUCAACAUGGGUAUCCCUAUCACCAUGUAUUGCGUCAUUCAGCUGCGGCGACAGCACUCCAACUAUGAGUGGAACGAAGGACUCUGCAAGGUGUUUGUCUCCACCUUCUACACCCUUACCCUGGUCACCUGCUUCUCCGUCACCUCCCUGUCCUACCACCGCAUGUGGAUGGUCCGCUGGCCUGUCAACUAUAGGUUGAGUAACACCAAAAAGCAGGCUGUCCAUACUGUCAUGGGCAUCUGGAUGGUGUCGUUCAUUCUAUCCACCUUGCCUGCUGUGGGCUGGCAUGAUACCACAGAGCGCUUUUACACCCACGACAACUGUCGCUUCAUUGUGACUGAGAUCGGCUUGGGCUUUGGUGUCUGCUUCCUGCUGCUGAUCAGCGGGAGUGUAGUGAUGGGCGUCAUCUGUAUUGGAAUUGCCCUCUUCCAGACCUUUUCCAUCCAGAUGGGUCAAAAUGUAGACAAGAACAAAUUUAACGUGCCCACCAUUGUAGUGGAGGAUGCCCAGGGAUAUAAUUUAGUGGUGAGCUUUGCCAGCCUGAAAUUUGACCGCUCCUACAGCUGGAUGGUCCUGUGUGUCCUCUGGUGCUCCAUAGCUCAAUCAAUCCUGCUCCCCAUGUUCCUGUGGGCUUGUGACCGCUACAGAGCAGAUGUCAAGAUGGUCUGGGAGAAAUGUGUGGCCAUCAUGUCCAAUGAUGAAGUGGACGAAGAAAACAGCCAGGAUGGAGGCAUUCAUCCGGACUUAAUAUUUGACAGACCAUUUGACUAUAGCUCUGCUGGUGAUAUCAUGACGGUAGACCGUAUUGCCAAGUACGAAUUCUCAACCUUAGAAAGGGGGGGCCCCCAGGGUUAUCCAUUGAGGGAGCUUCAGGAAGAUAAAAUGCACUAUUUGCAGGUGCCCCCUACAAGAAGAUACUCCCACGACGAAACCGACAUGUGGACCACCGGUCAGAUCCCGUCUUACCUGCAUCGCUGGGGCUCCACAGAGGACAUCAUUGGCAUCCCGCAAUACAGCUCGCUGCGCCACGAGAGACAUCGGAGCAGCCCUGCGUCCUACCACGAGGAGAGCCACCCACACCGCAAAAGGAGGCGAUCCGAGGACAUGCAUUCGCUCAAGCAGAUUCCACGAGUCGAGCGUUAUGAGGGCGAUUUCAAGUGCUUUAGCCGCGACGAAGUGAUUAACUUCAUUGAUGAGACGCCACUGGCUAGUCCAAUGAGAAGCCCACGGCGAGCCUCUGCGAUCUCUCUGGUUCCAGAGACCUUCGAGCAGCACGUUGUUUUGUUGCCGCAUUUCCCGCUCACGCACUUUGAGCGCGAGCCUCAAGCGUUGAGACGCUGCUCUGAGCACGGCAAAGGAGCCACGCCAGGCGAGAUCCCUCAGGAUCUGCAGAGAAAGGCGAGGGACGGUAGCGUUGGCGAAGGCUCGGGCAUCAAGGCAUGCCCUGAGCACAAGCUUGCAUCAGAGCUUGUCCCGUUGGGUCCAGGUGCAUGGACAGGGGAGCAGUCUUCUUCAAGUAUUAGGACAGGACAGGUAGAUGCAUCUGCUUGGGUGGACCAGAAGCACCUGCCAAAAGGGGAAAGCAAAGGAAGCACUAAUAGUUUUAUAAGCUCACAAUCUGCAUCGUCAGGCUAUAUGACAUCCAUAGGAUCCACGAACUAAGCGACAGUUUUAUUCGAGUAUUUUCAAGUAGAUAUGCUUAUUAGUGUUAAAGCUUUGACUAAGUGGAAUGUUUUUGUUAACUAGGAACUGGGAUUUUUGAAGUGUGAUGAUUCGAAAUGGCAUAAGGACACCAUCGUUGCUUUUUUAUGUGUUGCUGAUACCAGGCUGGAUUUACAGGGUUAGUGGGCCUCAAAGGGGAGGGAAGCUGAGCAGCACAUAAGUGUCCUGAGCUCAACACUUAUGGUUAGAAAUGAGCACUAGGCCUUCUGCGCAUACACAUGAGCUUUUUACUGAGGCUCAUGACAGUUUUCAGCUUUUACGUUUCAGUGAGAAUUUAGUAUUCUGGUCAAAAUACUGCCUUUCUUGACUAAGGAAUUUGGGGCCAUUCAAUUACUUCGUGUGUAGAUAUAUAUAUAUAUAUAUAUAUAUAUAUACACUG